AUGCUCCUAGCGAGAUCUCGAUUUUCUUGUCUGGCUGCUAAAUGUAAUCUCAAAAGAUGGCUGGCAUCCUCGACAUCAGGUGGCAGCGGAUCCGGAAAGGGCACACCGCCAUGCGCAAAGAUAGCGAAAUUCGACACCUGCCAACUGGAUCCCUGCAUGAUAGACCCCUGCAACCCGGAGCCAACUGUAGUGAUCAUCGGCGCUGGAAUGGCUGGCCUGUCAGCGGCCAACAGACUCGCCCAGUGCGGCCUUAAGAACUUCAUCGUUCUCGAAGCCACAGAUCGUCCAGGGGGCCGCAUCCACUCGUGCUGGAUGGGCGACAUAGUGGCUGAGAUGGGCGCGACGUGGAUCGAAGGCGGCUGCUCGGCCAACCCGGCUUUCACGCUCGCUGCCCAGGAAGGCCUGUUGAAGCCACCGGUCUUCAGACCUGACCCGAGCAAGGGCCUCUUUCUAACGAGCGACGGCCGGGCUAUCGACCUGCCGGUCAGUAUAACGGCCUAUCACACCUUCAAGCAGAUAGAGCAGCAGGCCGCGGCACUGUUUUCCCUCGGUUGCGGCCGCAAUCACGGGAACCUGCUCAACUUCAUGGGCGUGAGGAUACAGCAGGAGCUGCACAACUUCCCCGAGGAGCAAAGGUACGACGCGGCCCGGGUCAUGUACGGGCUGACGAAUUGCGUGCGCUGCCGGUGUGGCGACGACCUCUCCCUCGUUUCGGCGGACCAGUUUGGGAGCUACAUCGAGGUGCCUGGGGGUAACGUGCGCGUGCCCCUCGGCUACGUGGGUAUCUUGGCUCCGUUGCUGCGUGGCAUAGCGAGCUGCUCGAUCAAGUACUGUAAGCCCGUGAGCUGCGUGCGCUGGGGCGCGGUCAACGAAGCCUGUCCCCGGGCCCUGGUCAAGUGUUGCGACGGCGAUGAGUUCGCGGCUGACUACGUUAUCGUCACGGCCUCGCUGGGCGUCCUCAAGCACCAGCACGACAAAUUAUUCUGCCCGGCCUUGCCGGCUGAUAAGGUCGAGGCUAUCACUAGAUUGGGCUACGGCUGCGUCAACAAGGUCUUCCUCGAGUACGAGAGGCCAUUUUGGGUUUGGCACGAGGGCACUAUUAGGCUCGCAUGGUCGGCCGACGAGCUUGCCGAUCGCUGCGAUUGGCUCAAAGGCAUAUCGAUGAUAGAAGAGCUUCCAGGGUCGCAGCACGUGCUUUGCGCGUGGGUGUGCGGUCGCGAGGCAGCAGAUAUGGAGCUCUGCUCGGACGAGGAGGUUGUUGACUCGAUAACCCGACUCCUGCGUAAAUUCACGGGUGAUCCUACCCUGCCCUAUCCGUCGAAUCUGCUGCGCAGCAAGUGGUGCACGGACCAGUACUUUUCCGGCUCGUACAGCUACCUUGCCAUGGAUAGCACGGUCGGGCAUCAGUGCGACUUAGCGAGCCCGUUGCCAGGUUCGUGCGAGCCGAUAGCGCCGAUUCUGCUGUUUGCCGGCGAGGCCACGAUUCCCGGGCACUACAGUACCGUUCACGGGGCGAGAUUGAGCGGGAUCCGCGAGGCAGAUCGUAUUGUGCAACUGACCAAGCGUUUCGGUGGUCCACCGAAAAAACUCCCAGGCCCCAAUCCAGCUUGUCCGUGAAUGAUUUGCGUUCAAGAAUCGGUGAUUGUCCUUAUAGAGAAAUUGUUUUUUGUCUUUUCAAUAAAAAAAAGUGUAUUUUUGA